AAUAAUAAUAAUAAUAAAAAAAUAAAAUAAAAGCCCUUUUAUACUUUUAUUGAUUUUUGUUUGCCCUAAUAUUAGCUUCACUUGGUGCCUGCACUUGUCUUCUCUUUCAUCUCACUUUGUAGAUCGCCGGCCACCCGCAUCGGCUGUCCUUGUCGUCUCUCCACUUCUCUUCUCGCACCUCGCCAUCUCCGACUCCCUUGCCCAGCUGCAGCGCCCUUAAUAAGGUUUUUCUCAAGGCGAGGAAAGGGAAUUUGUUGUUGAAAGACUUGAACUUUCGUUACGGAGUAAUGGCUCACAGGUUGCUUCGAGAUGUUGAGGCCGAUGGUUGGGAACGAUCGGAUUUCCCCAUAAUCUGCGAGUCAUGUCUCGGUGAUAAUCCUUACGUUCGUAUGACAAAAGCAAAUUAUGACAAGGAGUGCAAGAUUUGUACACGACCGUUCACAGUUUUCAGAUGGAGACCGGGUCGGGAUGCAAGAUUUAAGAAAUCAGAGAUUUGCCAGACUUGCAGUAAAGUGAAAAACGUUUGUCAAGUUUGCCUUUUGGAUUUGGAGUACGGUUUACCAGUUCAAGUUCGAGAUACUGCACUUUCUAUUAAUUCUAAUGAGGCCAUUCCCAAGAGUGAUGUAAAUAGAGAGUUUUUUGCUGAAGAGCACGAUCGCAAGGCUAGAGCUGGUUUAGAUUAUGAAUCUUCUUAUGGGAAGGUGCGAGCAAAUGACACUAUUUUGAAGCUUCAAAGAACAACACCUUAUUACAAGAGGAAUCGAGCCCAUGUCUGCAGUUUCUACAUUCGUGGUGAAUGCACUAGGGGUGCUGAGUGUCCUUACAGGCACGAGAUGCCGAUAACUGGGGAGCUGUCGCAGCAAAAUAUAAAAGAUCGAUACUAUGGAGUCAAUGAUCCUGUAGCACAGAAGCUUCUCAACAAGGCUGGAGAGAUGCCGUCUUUGGAACCACCACAGGAUGAGAGCAUCAGAACUCUCUAUGUGGGCGGGCUUGAUGCAAGAGUCACUGAGCAGGAUUUAAGAGACAACUUUUAUGCUCAUGGGGAGAUCGAAUCCGUUCGGAUGGUACUACAACGAGCAUGUGCCUUUGUGACCUACACAACUAGAGAAGGCGCAGAGAAGGCUGCUGAUGAGCUCUCUAACAAACUGGUAAUUAAGGGUUUGAGGUUGAAGCUUAUGUGGGGUAGGCCACAAGCACCCAAACCAGAGAACGAUGCCUCCGACGAAGCAAGACAACAGGCAGCAGUAGCUCACAGCGGGUUAUUACCUCGAGCUGUGAUAUCACAACAGCAGUUUCAAUCUCAAGACCAAACUGCACCAAUGUACUACAACAUCCCUCCCCCUUCUCAGCCAGAGCGAAACUUUUAUCCAUCAAUGGACCCUCAGAGAAUGGGUGCUGUUGUUUCCUCUCAAGAGGGUGGUCCUAGUGGAUCCUCAGGUUCAGGUGAAAACAAAUCACAAGAAAAGGCGCCGCAACAUGGGCAACAUUUUGCUUACCAUCCUAGGCCUCCGCAACACGGUCAGUAUCCUCAGCAAUAUUAUCCACCAUAUGGUGGGUAUAUGCAUCCACCACCACCGUCAGGUCCACCGCCACCACCGUAUCAGCAGUACCCUGCACCACCUCAUCAUUCCGCAAUGCCACCACGACAACCCCCUCCUCCAGGGAACCAGCAGCAGUAUCAGCAUUCUGCCGCUUCAGCCUCUGCUCCAGCAGGAUCUGUAGCGUCGGGUUCCAACCCUCCAGGGUCAUCUGUUAGUGCUCCUCCUCCGACAUCAUCAUCUGAGCAAUAAAACUUACAUCUUCUUUUUCUGGAUUGUUGUUUUAUAGCAUACUCUAUUUUUGCUUAUUAGCUCACUCUUAAUUGGCUUUGUCUUUUAAAUUGUGAAGGUCUAUGUAUUCAAUUUCUUACUUACUACUUUCCUCAAAAAAAAAAAAAAUUUCUUACUUACUACAUCCACAAAUCUUAAUGAUUAUGGUGUUUAGCUGAUUAUAUCAAUUAGAUGAUGUUCAUUUCUU